AUGUGGAAGGACACCAGCAUCGAUGUCCUCAGACAGGUGGCCGUCACCGGAGCCUCGUCCCGGAGUACCAACCGCAGAAAGAGGACCAGCUUCUCCAAAGAGCACGUGGAGCUGCUCCGUGUCACCUUUGAGACAGACCCUUAUCCUGGCAUCAGCCUGAGAGAGAGCCUGUCCCAGAACACAGGGCUACCUGAAUCUCGCAUCCAGGUGUGGUUCCAGAACAGGAGGGCUCGGACUCUGAAGUGUAAGGCAGCUAAGAAGUCCCUGUGCCAGUCAGACUCUGGCUUACACUCCCCUGGUGGGUUCACCCCUGUCCAGAACCCAGUUUCCCAGCCCCGCACUAUGGGGACAGGGGCUACCCAGCACAGCCUGGCCCCUCUGUCCACCUCCCCCUGCCUGCCCCCUGCUUACCCUGUCCAGGUGAAGGAGGAGGUGGAGGAGGAUCUUUUCUAUGGACGCUACCCUCCACCCUACCCUGGAGCAGAGGAGACUGGCCACUACAAUUCCCUGUUCGGGCUGAGGCAGGCCAGGGUGCUGGGAUACAGCUCCAGCCCGCCCCUGAAGACCCCCGGGCACCAGAUGGUUCCAGGAGCCUGGCCCCAGGCGGGUGACCAGACAACCCCAGUGCAGUCCAUGUGGAGCCCCUCUCCUCUGGAGGUGAGGAACUACAGCUCAGGCUCCAGCAAGGCCUUCCUCUACCAUGGCUCAGCCGAGCAGCAGCCCCUCUACAGCAACCCCCAGGAAGCCUUUGGAGGCCCCAUUUCCCAGACCCAGGCCCCAGCCACCACGGAUUCCGGCUGCUGGGAGGUUGGACAAGAAAACACCCCACCGAUGGUAGGCCAAGUUUCCCGAUUGGAUGGCUCCUGGAGCAUGGCUAUAUCUACCGCAGAAUACCCAGGACAAGCCCCGCACCAUGCCCCCCUGCCAGAGCUCCCGGCCCUGUCCCUGCAGGAGAUCCUGGGGGAGCUGGAGGGAGAGUGGCGGGAGGGAGAUGGACUGGACAGCCACCACAAUGAGGACAAACUGGUUUACUGCUGA